AUGCUGCUCAUCCACCAAGCGGGCAGCGUCAAGAUUGGCGAGGUCGUUCGAUACACCAUUACAUAUACUCCUAGUGACGACCGCAUCCUUCCUACGCCAACGCACUUGCACCUUAGAGUCAAAAACAGUACUGCCAUCGCUCUACGUGCUGCAUGGAUCCAUGGUCCUUAUGCGCUGCACGUGUCAGCGUAUUCCUCCAAUUUCAACCCACACCGCAAAGUCGAGAAGCCCGAUCACGAUGGCGUGCCUGAGUACGAGCCGAUGGUCAAGGCGGGAGGGAGCUGGUCUGCAAAGUUGCUGAUACCGAAGGAUAUCCGUGAGACUGGAGCAGACUUCGCUAGGAGACGAAGUUCGCAGGUAGACCCGGGCGAGCGCAAAGAGAAGGGCCGCGUGACUUGGAUCGUCGAGAUCACAUCGCAGAUCUUGUUCUCCAACUCUGCUUCAGUGGACUUCGAAGUGCUCGUUGGACGCGAUCAGCGGAGUUUGGAGCUUGGAUUUGCAGCACUUGCAGGUCAUGGACAUGGUGGACCAGGCAGAGUGAAGGACCUGCAGGGCGACCGAGAGCGCAAGGAGGCGCGGAGAAGAGGCCAUGUACAGGUCGAAGGCGUGUUCUCACGAGCCGUGAGACUGGUUGUGGAAGACACGGAGACAUUGUGGGACAAGCCAGCACUGCCGACGUGGGAGGACGCGAACAACAGCGAGAGUCGCACAUCGACACACCACAAGAGGCAAAGCGAGGACACAAGCGGGAAGGAGCAUGAGAAGGAUGGCAAGCAAAAAAAGAGAAGGAAUGUGCAUCUUGUGGUUCUGACGCAUGGCUUACACAGCAAUCUGGGCGCAGACAUGCUGUUUCUGAAGGAGAGCAUUGAUGCUACUGUGGCGCAAGCUCGCGUCGAUGCGAGAAAGCGAAAGGUGAGCUACCGAGCGCAGCAGAAAGCUAAGCAGAGCGACAAGACCUCUCAGGAGACCAAAGCCGCGAAAGAUGAACCAUCAAACGUCGACGAGAAGGAAACGUCCGCAGCUCCGAUGUCUGGAGGCCAGGAAGAGUUGGACAAUGCCCCAGAUCAAGACGAGGACGACGAUGAAGAAGAAACGAUUGUUCGCGGAUUCAACGGCAAUGCAGUCCGCACGGAGAAUGGCAUCCAAUACUUGGGCAAGAGGCUGGCAAAGUACAUUCUACGCUUCACAUACCCCGACCAACCUUUCCUGCCCAUCAAAAAGAGCCUUACCCGCAAAGUGACCGAUACUUUCACCACAGAUGCUGACAAGGCACGGCGAGAUGGCAAGCCUACGCAUCACGGUUCCAGCAUACACACGCCUCGGGAAGCGAGGAAGGCUGAGGAUCUGCCUUAUAGAUUCACGAGCAUAUCCUUCAUCGGACACAGUCUUGGGGGACUGAUUCAGACAUACGCCAUUGCUUACAUUCACAAGCAUAGUCCCACGUUCUUCGAUCAGAUCAAGCCUGUCAACUUCAUUUGCAUGGCUUCACCUAUGCUCGGGCUGAGUAACGAGAACCCGAUGUACGUCAAGUUUGCGCUAGACUUUGGGCUCGUCGGAAGGACUGGACAGGAUCUGGGGCUUACUUGGCGACCUCCAACUCUGGCCAACAAAGGAUGGAAUGCGAUGGUCAAUGGCUUUGGCGCAGGUAGCCAGAAGACUCAAGAGGCCAGGCAGGCGGAUCCUAGCGCGAAACCCUUGCUGAGGAUCUUGCCGACAGGACCGGCGCAUCACGUUCUUAGGAUGUUCCGUAAUCGCACGGUCUACUCCAACGUCGUCAACGACGGUAUCGUACCGUUGAGGACGAGCUGUCUACUGUUUCUUGACUGGCGGGGACUAGGCAAAGUAGAAAAGGCCAGGCGUGAGAACGGCUUGAUUGGAACUGUGGCAGAAUGGGGUUGGGCUGAGCUGACUGGCGCAAAUUCUUCUUCUGUCAAGCCCAACGUCCUUGCCGAGCAGAGUUGGGAGACAGAUGAUGAGGACAAUACCCAGGUUGGUGAUGAUGUGCCUCAACCUGCAGAAGACGAAGUGGCGCAAGACAACCGGCGCACCACAGCGCGUAUGAGCCAUGAUGAUGGUGAUGAUGAAGACACAUCACGGCAGGGUAGCAGCCAUUCAUCGCUCAACAAAGCUCCUCAACCAGAGGAAAACAAAGGCAUGCUGGCCAGUUUCUUCAGCUUCUUCACGCCGGAGCGAGCCAAGACUCCACCACCACCUUCAAAGAAGACCACUAAGAUCCUGCGACGUGGGCAGACAGUCUACCAGCCUAGCGAGGACGAAAGCAGCGACAACGUCGCAAAGGACAAGAGCGGAAGCACCUCCUCGAAUCCCACCAUGAGGCCACACCUGACACACUCGCUUAGCGGAAAGACAGAACGCAAGCGACCCGUGGCUUCUCGCGGGGACAGCUUGACGAACGAGCCUCACGCACCUCCAAAGACCUCGAUCUUUGAAUCAGCCGGCGACAUCUUGCACCCUCCACUGCCUAGUCAGCAAUGGAUCAUUGAUCCCAAGACUCGCCGCCGAACCAUCUUCCACGAUCGCGUCUACCACCCUCAAGACAUCCCACCUCCACCCGUCAAGCGUAGUGGCACCCGCAUCUUGUCCUUCGGCGAAAACAGCUCCGAAGCAAGCGUCAAGUCCGUCGGCACCGACAACACCUCCCUCAAGACCGUCGACUCUUCGGCACCUCCCGACUCCGGCGGCAUGAAAGUCGAAGAAAAGAUCGCCCGCGCCUACCACCGCGACCUCAGCUGGCGCAAAGUCUUAGUCCGCCUCGAACCUGAUGCUCACAACAACAUGAUUGUGCGCCGCAUGUUCGCAAACGCCUACGGCUGGCCAGUCGUCAAGCAUCUCUGCGACACUCACUUCGCCGACACCCACGCCGCCACAACCCGUGACGAAGACGAGCCUGCGCGCGAGCGUGCCAAGCCGAUGGACGCACCCAUCAGCUCUGAAUCAGGCGAGCAAGUCCACGGCCAGACUGACAAGAAAGUCAAACCUCGCACUCGCAGUGAGACACGAGAAGCACGCGAUGAGCUGGCGACUUUGAAUGCUGCAAGGGAAGGCGCGGGGAGUAGUUUUAGUUCUCGCAAGACUUUGACAAGACAGGAAAGUGCCGUGUGGGAUGAUUCGUACUUUGAGACGUCGGAUGGCGAGGACUCCGAUACGGUUGAUGAGAGGAAUCUGGUUGCUAGAAUCAUCAAUCCGAAUCCUGCACCACUAAGGAAGGCGGAGCAGUCAUAUCAUCGACAACAGCAGUACUCUUCCAGUCCCGAGGAGCCGAGGGCGCCAACGACGAAGACGACGGCGGUCAGUUAUACUGAUGGGCAUCGGGGCCUUGCACCCACCUCGCCGACGAGUCCGAAGAGUUUCAAGGAGGUGAAGGCACGGGCGCCGAGUUCGAAGGUGGGAAGUCCUACGUUCGAGGCUGGGGAUGUGGAACCGGUGGUGGCAGAUCGGUUGGUGGAAGAGCCUACACCUCUGUCGCCAGCGAGUCCGGGCAGUGUGCUUACGCCGGGGUUGAGGAAGAGUGUGGAGGAACAGAUACAGACUGGAUCACCGUCGAGGAAGAAGAGUAAAGGGAAUGGGAGUGGUGGGUUGAGUGGAUCGCCAGAUUGA